AUGUACAUACACAGAAAUACACACGCACAGACACAUGUACAUAUAUACACAGACACAUGUACACACAGACACAUGUACGUACAUACACACAAAAACACACACACAUACAUGUACACACACGCAGACACAUGUACAGAUACACACAUGUACAUACACACAGACACAUGUACAAUUGUACAUGCAUACACAGACACACACACACACACAUGUACAUGUACACACACACACAGACACCCCAUAAAAAGUUGCAGUACUUCAUUGUUCACUGACAGAGCCGGGUACUGCACUCUAGGGGGAGGCAGAGAGCACAGCACACACUGCGCUCAGCUAUUGAGCAGUCUGACGGCUCCCAGUGCCAAUGACAGAUCCAGCCUGAGCUCAGAGCCUGCUCAGCAAGACGGCCCUGGGGGACACACUCGCCCCCACCAUAAUUUCCACUCGCCAUUGGCGAGCAGGCAAGUGGAAAUUUCAAGCCCUGUUCUAUGG